CAGGCCAUUGGAAAGGCCGGGACUUUUAUUUUCUUAGACAAAUUGCCAUCGCCCGGUUUUCACAAACUUGACGUGGAGACUCGGGCGGCGCUGAUAACUUUGAUUUCCGAGACGCAAACGCCCGCAGUCCAACUGCUCUGUGGGGGUGAUUCCGUGUCCGCCUCGGAUCCGGGACAGACGCACCCCUCAAGCUUUCCGAAGCCAACCACAGUGCAAGGGAGCGCCCUCUCGUCUCCGCAGCCUCUCUCCCCUCCCCCUUCCUCUGCCGGCUGGGGGACUGCCAUCCUGCUCAGCCAGAUAGUCGGGCGGCUGCGGCGCUUGACAGCAACUCAAACUCCCUCUUGCGUUUCCCUUUUCUCCCCAGUAGGCCUCGAAAAGGCCAGCGUGGCCCCCCCGGACCCCAGAGGGCGCGUUCCAGGCGGGUCCUCUCUCCGCAGUGAGCCAGGAGCACUGGGGGGAGGUCCUUGCGCAUGCCAGGUGCACCGACAACGCUCUCGCCAGCCCCAACGCCGCUGCGCCGCGGCGGGCCGGGGAGUGCCUGAGAGGCUGUACCGCUACUGCAUACCCCGAUUUCGCUCCCAGUGCGGUCCAGACUUAGCAGCUCGUCGACUCGGCCGCUCAGACGUCCUCCCACCCGCAGCCCUGCGCCGCUGCGGCCAGUCGCGCCCGGCUAACUUUGAAGGGGGAAAACUGAGUAGCCGGGCUGGAGGGAGGGGGCUCGGGGCCGCGCGGUGCUCCCUCGGCCCCCCGGAGCCCCCGGGCCCCCCGCGAGCCCCCGCUGGGUCCGUCGCAACCUCAGCAUUGGAGCCGGCGCGGGUGUCCCCCCCGCGCCGCCGGGCCGCCCUGGGCGGGACUCCUCCCGCGGCCUCCGGGGCCCUUGGGCGUGCGCAACAGGCGGCCGGAGUCGGCGGGAAGCUGGAGCGCCGGCGGCGUCGACCUCGGAGGGGUGUGGAGAGGCGAGGCCAGGCAGAGCCCCGCGCAGCCAUGGAGUCACUCCUGCUGCCGGUGCUCCUGCUGCUGGCUAUAUUGUGGACUCAGGCGGCAGCCCUCAUUAACCUCAAGUACUCGGUAGAAGAGGAGCAGCGCGCUGGGACGGUGAUCGCCAACGUGGCCAAGGACGCGCGAGAGGCGGGCUUCGCACUGGACCCACGGCAGGCCUCUGCCUUCCGUGUGGUGUCCAACUCGGCUCCGCACCUGGUGGACAUCAACCCCAGCUCGGGCCUGUUAGUCACCAAGCAGAAGAUAGACCGUGACCUGCUGUGCCGCCAGAGCCCCAAGUGCAUCAUCUCACUCGAGGUCAUGUCCAGCUCAAUGGAGAUCUGCGUGAUUAAGGUGGAGAUCAAGGACCUGAAUGACAAUGCGCCCAGCUUCCCGGCGGCACAGAUUGAGCUGGAGAUCUCGGAGGCGGCCAGCCCAGGCACACGCAUUCCCCUGGACAGCGCCUAUGACCCAGACUCGGGCAGCUUCGGUGUGCAGACGUACGAGCUCACGCCUAACGAGCUAUUCGGCCUGGAGAUCAAGACGCGCGGCGAUGGUUCACGUUUUGCAGAACUCGUGGUGGAGAAGAGUCUGGACCGAGAGACGCAGUCACACUAUAGCUUCCGCAUCACUGCGCUCGAUGGCGGCGACCCACCUCACCUGGGCACUGUUGGCCUCAGCAUCAAGGUGACCGAUUCCAAUGACAACAAUCCGGUGUUUGGAGAGUCCACCUAUUCCGUGAGCGUACCAGAGAACUCACCUCCCAACACGCCCGUCAUCCGUCUCAACGCCAGCGACCCAGACGAAGGCACCAAUGGCCAGGUAGUCUACUCCUUCUACGGCUACGUCAAUGAUCGCACUCGAGAGCUCUUCCAGAUUGACCCGCACAGCGGCCUGGUCACGGUCACCGGUGCCCUAGACUAUGAAGAGGGCCACGUGUACGAACUGGACGUGCAGGCUAAGGACUUGGGGCCCAACUCCAUCCCAGCACACUGCAAGGUCACUGUCAGCGUUCUGGACACCAAUGACAACCCCCCUGUCAUCAACCUGCUGUCCGUUAACAGCGAGCUGGUGGAGGUGAGCGAGAGCGCCCCCCCGGGCUACGUGAUUGCACUUGUGCGGGUGUCUGAUCGGGACUCCGGCCUCAAUGGGCGCGUACAGUGCCGUUUGCUUGGCAAUGUGCCCUUUCGGCUUCAGGAGUACGAGAGCUUCUCCACUAUCCUGGUGGACGGACGGCUGGACCGCGAGCAGCACGACCAGUACAACCUCACGAUCCAGGCGCGCGACGGCGGCGUGCCCAUGCUGCAAAGUGCCAAGUCCUUUACCGUUCGCAUCACCGACGAGAACGACAACCACCCGCACUUCUCCAAGCCCUACUACCAGGUCAUUGUGCAGGAGAACAACACGCCCGGUGCCUAUCUGCUCUCUGUGUCGGCCCGAGACCCCGACCUGGGUCUCAAUGGUAGUGUUUCCUACCAGAUCGUGCCGUCGCAGGUGCGCGACAUGCCUGUCUUCACCUAUGUCUCCAUCAACCCCAACUCGGGCGAUAUCUAUGCGCUGCGAUCCUUCAACCACGAGCAGACCAAGGCAUUUGAAUUCAAAGUGCUGGCCAAGGACGGCGGUCUGCCCUCGCUGCAGAGCAAUGCUACCGUACGGGUCAUCAUCCUCGACGUCAAUGACAAUACCCCAGUCAUCACCGCCCCACCCCUGAUAAAUGGCACCGCGGAGGUCUACAUCCCCCGCAACUCCGGCAUAGGCUACCUGGUGACCGUUGUCAAAGCAGACGACUACGAUGAGGGUGAGAACGGCCGGGUCACCUAUGACAUGACGGAGGGCGAUCGCGGCUUCUUUGAAAUAGACCAGGUCAAUGGCGAGGUCAGAACCACUCGCACCUUCAGCGAGAGCUCUAAGGCUUCCUACGAACUUAUUGUGGUGGCCCACGACCACGGCAAGACGUCUCUCUCCGCCUCUGCGCUUGUCUUAAUCUACCUGUCCCCUGCUCUCGAUGCCCAAGAGUCGAUGGGCUCGGUGAACUUGUCCCUGAUUUUCAUUAUAGCCCUGGGCUCCAUUGCCGGCAUCCUCUUUGUCACUAUGAUCUUCGUGGCGAUCAAAUGCAAGCGAGACAACAAAGAGAUCCGGACCUACAACUGCAGAAUCGCUGAGUACUCCUAUGGGCACCAAAAGAAAUCAAGCAAGAAGAAAAAAAUCAGUAAGAAUGACAUCCGCCUGGUACCCCGGGAGGUGGAGGAGACAGACAAGAUGAACGUUGUCAGUUGCUCCUCCCUGACCUCGUCCCUCAACUAUUUCGACUACCACCAGCAGACCCUUCCUCUGGGCUGCCGCCGCUCUGAGAGCACUUUCCUGAAUGUGGAGAACCAGAAUACCCGCAAUGCCAGCGCCAACCACAUCUAUCAUCACUCUUUCAACAGCCAGGGCCCCCAGCAGCCAGACCUGAUCAUCAACGGCGUGCCUCUGCCCGAGACUGAAAACUAUUCUUUUGACUCCAACUACGUGAACAGCCGAGCUCAUUUAAUUAAAAGCAGCUCCACCUUCAAGGACUUAGAGGGCAACAGCCUGAAGGAUAGCGGCCAUGAGGAGAGCGACCAGACUGACAGUGAGCAUGACGUCCAGCGCAGCCUGUAUUGUGACACUGCUGUCAAUGAUGUGCUGAACACCAGUGUGACCUCCAUGGGAUCUCAGAUGCCUGACCAUGAUCAGAAUGAAGGAUUUCAUUGCAGGGAAGAAUGCCGGAUUCUUGGCCACUCUGACAGGUGCUGGAUGCCCCGGAACCCCAUGCCCACCCGCUCCAAGUCCCCUGAGCACGUGAGGAACAUCAUUGCGCUGUCCAUUGAAGCUACUGCUGCUGAUGUUGAAGCUUAUGACGACUGCGGCCCCACCAAGCGGACUUUCGCAACCUUUGGAAAGGAUGUCAGCGACCACCCAGCUGAGGAGAGGCCCUCUGUGAAAGGCAGGAGGACUGUUGAUGUGACCAUCUGCAGCCCCAAGGUCAACAGCGCUAUCCGGGAGGCGGGCAAUGGCUGUGAGGCUAUUAGCCCCGUCACUUCCCCUCUGCACCUUAAGAGCCCUCUGCCUACCAAGCCUUCUGUGUCUUACACCGUUGCCCUGGCGCCCCCGGCCCGCGAUCUGGAGCAGUAUGUCAACAAUGGCCCUUCUCGCCCCUCUGAAGCUGAGCCCCGUGGAGCUGAUGGCGAGAAAGUCAUGCAUGAGGUUAACCCCAUUCUGAAGGAGGGCCGCGACAAAGAUUCUCCUGGCGUGAAGCGUCUGAAGGAUAUCGUUCUCUAAACCAAUCCUGGGGAAGAAGAGAGAGAAACCAUGCUCGCUAGCAAAGAAGCAGGAGCUGAUCAUUUUAAUUGCUCACCAGUGGUUGGUUCUUGAGUGGCUGUAUUUCAGAGCUUUCCCUAAAUGUAUUGUUUAUAAAUGACUAUCGUUCUGUGACAAUCCCUCUCGUUUCAACAGGCAGCAGGGGUGUUCCAUUGGAGCAAAUUAGCUUUGGCUUGACUUGUUCAUGGGGCCUUGAUGUUGGGGAAACAGAGACAAAUUCAGUUGUGAAAAGUAUUAUGUAUUAAGUGUUUGAAUUUAUAUAUUUUUCUAUGUUGAAAUUAUAAUAAAAAUUACAAUUGUUUGUGGAGGAUUACAUUUUAAAAAAGCAAAAAAAAAAAAAAGUCCAAAAAAAAAAAAAAAAGCUCUGGACACCUUUAAUAAGCUCGCCGCUGUUUUGUAGUGUAGACAAGUUAAUGGUCAUUAUUGUGUACUAUUCAUUGAUCCAGUGAUGUGAAAUCGAGCCCCAAAAAGGUUGUUUCUGAAGCUCGAGUACUUUCCAAUGCCACUACUUUGCUGUGGACACCCCUGCUUUAAGAACCCUUUUGCUAGCUGUGCUAUUGUUGUAUUUGAUAUUGCAAAUUGCUCUGUGUGUGGUGAUGGCAAAAGGCUUUUAGAGGUUGGUGUGUUUUUUUUCUUAAAAAAAAAAAAAACUGCAGACAAAAACAAAGUGCAAACAACUGAGACAGCAAGUGAAGGAGUAACACCACACAUAUAGAUUGAGUACUUGAAGAAUACUCAUGGAGGAUACCCAUGUAGUGGUUGCUCACUGCCUUGCAGAGUAUUUUUUCUGCCUCUCAGUCUUCUGCCUGGAUCUGUGAUAGAUCAUUGCAGAAAGUCAUUUUUGGAUAUUCUGCUAUCUAAUUUGCAGUUGUCAGAAAUACUGUGCUGAAAGUUUUAUGAGAUCAAUUUUUCUAAUUUUCAGGCCCUGAGCAGGAAAGUAGUUACUGAAGUUAUCAGUUUCCAGGCUUAGAAAUUCCCUAUCUCCAAUCAUCUAGAACUCAAAAAGACUGAAUCUAUUUUGAGUUCUAAAUUAGCAUCUUUUCAAACACAUACUUCCUGAUUCAGUGUUUCCCAAUCACGAUUAGAAUUAAACUGCAAAGCAUGUCAUGGGCUGGAAUUGAGAACUCCAUGUUGCUCUGUAUUGUAGGAUUCUAAAUAGGGAUAGAGUAAGCAGUACAAAGUGUACAUUUAGGAAAAGACAGGUAACAGGUAACAGCAUCACUAAUCCAAUUACUGUGCCUUCUAAAUGGAGACACUUGGACACUUGAACUCAUCUUUUUAUGACUAAUACUUUUUUAAAUUAAAAAUGUGAACAGGAAACUAUUAAAAAUCCCUUAUAUUUAGCUAGCUUUGCUGUAGGCUAGGAAUACACCUUUUUAAAAAAUUAACAGGUUCGUUAUACACAUUCUUUUUUUGUUGGGUUAACAUUCCUCCAACUCCCCCAUUUAUUGUCUGUUAAUAUUCACUAGCCAACAGAGUAUUCUUGCAGCCUAAGAGUUCAUUAUUUAAAAAUAAAUGAAUAUGUCACCUUU